UACUUUUUCAAACCUUCUGGCAACGACGCUACCCUACCGAUACAACUAUCGAUAGCCGCCUGUCAGUUUUGACAGCUGUUUUAAGGUUAUACUGCGCUGCCGUUGCAAUCGCUCCACCAAUUUGUUCACGGUCGGACAAUUACAUAACUUGAAGAAGAAACCAUGUCGCAGGCUCCCGUUCGCGUUUCCCCGCUGAUCAAGUUCGGCAGAUGGUCCCUGCUCCUGGUGGGCAUUGCCUAUGGCGCCGCCCACCAGAGCCGCCUGUCCAAGAAGGAGGAGAAGGUUCGCGAGAUCGAGGCACAGCAGAAGGCCGUCCGGGAUGCGAAGCUCGCCGAGGAGAAGAAGCGCAGCGCGGAGGCUGAGGCCCGUGCUUUGGCCGAGUUGUCGAAACCCACUCCCAAGCACUAGGAUCCUUCAGGAUGCAACAUCCGUAGUUCCCUUAGCUUAAACACAGAAAAACCACAACAUUUACACACGAAGUUCGCCUAAAAGGAAGAUGAGGAGGAGGAGGAUCAUCGAUAAAGGAGCCACCAUCUAUCGAUCACUGACUAUCGUUCUUGUGUUUUCCUCUGAUGCAUUGUGCAAAAAACAGAAUGUUCGAAAUUAAAUGAUUGAAACAAAA